AAUUCACUAUCAAUUUUAAAGACGAAGACUCUAUUAGGUGUUUAACUAAGUGUUUAUUAGAAAAAGAUUUUAAUUUACGCGUUAAAUUACCUUCAAAUAAUCUAAUUCCAACUUUACCUAAUAGAUUGGACUAUAUAAAUUACAUUUUUGAUCUCUCUGGAUAUGACGCUACUACCAAUAAGAAGGUCAACAUUCUCGACAUCGGUACAGGUCCAUUACCAGUUUAUCCUUUGUUAAUAUCUAGAGUUUAUGAUAAUGCGGUCACAUAUGGUACAGAUAUUGAUAUAGAUUCGCUUGAAUUGGCCAAUAUAAAUACAACGAAUAACAAUUUAAACGAUAAUAUUAAGUUAUACAAAACUACUAAACAGGAUAAUUUGAUACCGUCAGUUGUUAUUGAUAACAUUUCUGAAAAUGAAAUCAAUUGCCAAUUAUGCAAUCCACCUUUCUAUGAGUCAAUUGAAGAGAUUAAACAUUUAGAAAAUUUUAAAUCAACAAAACCAAAAAGCAUGAACUUAGGUUCUUUCAAUGAGAUUGUAACAGAAGGUGGUGAAACCUCAUUUGUUAGCAAUCUCAUCGACGAAUCUUUGAAUAAUCAGCGCCUCUUCAAGUGGUACUCAAGUUUACUAGGAAAAUUCUCUUCUUUGGAGGUGUUGAUUAACAAAUUAAGGCAACUUAAUGUCAAUAAUUAUGCGUUAAAAGAAAUUACUUUGGGUUCUACUCGUAGAUGGGUUCUAGCUUGGUCGUUUUAUUAUGAUCGGUUACCAAAUCAUUUGAUGAGGAUUGAAGGUGGCACCUUUAAAAGUUUAAAUCCUCCUUCAAAUGAAGUGUACAUAAGCACUGACAAAUCAUUAGAUUAUUUAAUCAAUUAUGUCUUUAUCAAUAUUCAAAACCUAUCGAUAGAUUCAUACAAUGAUAAUUUUAUGCAAUUGACGCUCGUUGGUGACGAAACUUGGUCAAGGAGUGUUAGAAGAAAGUUGAUGAAAGGUGAAACACUACCAGUUGAUUCGAAUAAAAUAACAAAGCUGAGAUUCAAUUACGAUAGUAUGGAAUGUUCACUAAAAAUCACAUGGCUGUAUGGAAAUGAUAGGCAACUAUUUAUUUCAUUAUAUAAACACAUAAAUAGUAAACUUUUAAAUUAAUAUGAUCAUGGAAAAAUUUCAUCACAUUUAUUCAUUCCAGUCAAGAUAUGCACUAAAUUUAAACCAAUAUUCAAUGAAUAAUAAGUUGUUUUAUACCAUCAUUAUGUUUAAGUCGGCAACGCUUUUGGUAUUAUUGAGUUUAUCAAUUGAAUCGUUAGCGAAAGUUUUACCAACUGAACCUUCACCUGAUUCAAAAUGGGCUGUCGGUUCAAAGCAAACUAUUCAAUAUAAGAUUGAUAAUGACGAUAAGGAUACUAAAUGGGAUAAGUUUUCAAUUGAACUGAUGACAGGUCCUGAUUUAUACACAAUUUUUGUUGGUAAAGUUGCAGAAAACAUAACAGUUGAUGAUGAUGAAAAGAAAGGCAAAUUGGAGUGGACUUUACCAGAGACAGUAAAUCCACAUUCACAAAUUUACUUUUUGCAAUUCUAUAAUUCAGACAAUGCAACUGAUAAAACAUGGUCAACAAGAUUCACUAUUACAGACACUGAUGGAUCUUCUGUACCACCAGCUCAUUCAACACAACCAAAAUCUGGUAAAGAUACACCAUGGGGUAUUGGUCUUCUACAACCAGGACAUGUAGAUCAGGAUACUUUACCUUUGCAUCACAAUUACCCUGCAUCAGAUGCGGCAGAAGAGAAGAUUAAAGAUGGAGGUGGAUCAAAGCAGGAUGAAGUUGAGCCUGACUCCUCCGGAUAUAGUGCUUUCAAGACAUCUGCCCUUUUUGUCUCUGCACUUACUAUUGUAACAGUAUCUUUCUUGUAAAUUCCUAAUUAGUAAACCAACUCAAAAUACCUUUAAUAGAUAUAUUC